AUGAUGUUUCCUUCCACUAUAACCAUCAACCGCAAGGGGGGCUCCGCAGAUCUGGCCGCUGCCCUUGUGGCUGCUAUCGUCGUGUUUCUUUUCGUGCUCUCCGGCACCGCGGAGACGCCCCUGUACACGCUUAAAACCAUGGAGGGCUCAAAGUAUCGCCUUUCCCUCUGGAGCGGUGAAAUCUGCACCGUGAAGGGAGGGUGCCUGACGCAAAAGCUGCCACCAACCGAAUGGUGCAGGCAACGCCGGGUCGCAUUCACGGCACUGCAGACGUUGUCGAUUGUCGCACUCGUGGGGUCUUUGGCCCUUGUCGUGUCUCUUUUGCUUGAACUUCUCGCUGCGAAGGUGUACCGUGUGGAUCUGCUCUUCUUCGCGUCUGCGGUUGCCACUUGGCUCCUUUUGCUGGUCGAGUGGGCAAUGAUGGUGGGAGUAUUCCACGGCCCUGUCUGCGCCAAUCCAUCUUUCAAUGAGCUCAACUACCAACUCGGGGCCUCGUUUGCCCUCUUCUUGAUGGCAUGGGUGUUCCUUAGCGUGCUCUUGGUGUACGGCCACUGGGCAAGCGUCUGCGGCUAA